CCCCCUCCCCGCGCAGGCGCACCACACCCCGCCCCCGCACACGGGCACUAACCCCCACAAUAGGCACACCCCCACGCGCAGGCGCAACACACCCCUCGCGCAGGCGCACCACGGACACACCCACGCGCGGGUGGCGCCUGCGGGCUUCGGUACCGGCGUCUCCAUGGCGACCGCGUUGUCUGGGUGGCCUCCAUUGUUGGGCUGCAGCUCUCAGCGGCGGGACUCGCCAGCGCUCCAGUGGGCCGGGGCGCGGCAGGUGACUCCAGACCAAGGAGGAUGAGCUGCUGUCCCUGGAAGAGAACGGAUGGAGGGAAGCGGCUCCUACACAGUUCCCUCUGUGGCUGCUGCUGAUCUGGAGGAGGGUGCUGGUCAGACUAGGAGCUUGCCUGCCACCCCCUCCAAAGAUGUUCACAAGUGUGUUGGAGGCAUCAUCUUUUCCUCCUCACCGAUUUUAGACUUGAGUGAAAGUGGUCUGUGCCAUUUGGAGGAGGUCUUUAGAAUCCCCAGCCUUCAACAAUUGCAUCUGCAAAGGAACGCCCUGUGUGUGAUUCCUCAAGAUUUCUUUCAGUUGCUGCCGAACCUGACUUGGCUGGACCUCCGGUACAAUAGAAUUAAGGUGCUUCCUUCCGGGAUCGGAGCCCACAGGCAUUUGAAAACUUUGCUUUUAGAAAGAAAUCCUAUCAAAAUGUUACCUGUGGAGCUGGGGCGUGUAACCACGUUGAAAGCACUGAACUUAAGACACUGCCCUCUGGAAUUCCCUCCUCAGCUCAUCGUGCAGAAGGGAUUGGUGGCUAUCCAGCGCUUCCUGCGGAUGUGGGCAGUAGAACACUCUCUCCCCAGAAAUCCAGCUUCUCAAGAGGCUCCACCGGUGAAAGAGAUGACCCUCCAUGGCCUCCCGAGCCCAGGAUUGGAGUUGUCCAGAGACCACGCGUCUAACGAAGGAGCUGUGAACGCUCAGGGCCCAGAGGGGGCUGUGAGGAAAGAGAAGGCCGGCUUUCUCCCGCCUGUGGAAAAGCCAGACCUGAGUGAGCUCGGGAAGUCUGCUGACUGCUCAGAGCACUGGCCCAGCGAGGAGGAGAUCAGGCGCUUUUGGAAGUUGAGGCAGGAGAUUGUUGAGCACGGGAAGGCAGACACUCUGGGAAAUCGGCUCUUACCGAGGGAAUUACCUCCAAAUCUCAAGGCGGCCUUGAACAAUGAGAAAGAACUGCCAAAGCCAAGACACGUUUUCAGAAGGAACAUGGCGUCCUCCAGGGACAUCUUACCCGACCUCUUGUCACCGUACCAAGUGGCGAUCCGAGCAAAAAGACUGGAAGAGAGCCGAGCGGCGGCCCUCCGAGAGCUCCGGGAGAAGCAGGCUGUGAUGGAGCAGCAGAGACGAGAGAAAAGGGCACUGCAGGAGUGGAGAGCGCGAGCCCAGAGGAUGAGGGAGAGGAAGGAAGAGCUCAGCAAACUCCUGCCUCCGCGGAGGAGCAUGGUGGCAUCGAAGAUUCCCUCUGCCACAGAUCUGAUAGAUAACGGGAAAGUGCCACUGAAUCCACUUAGAAAAAUGAAACCAAGCAAAGAGAAAUCGCCACAAGCAAGUCAAGAAAUGAGUACCCUCCAGGAGGGAAAUUUAGAAGAGAAGAUAAAACAGCACAUCCACCAAAUGCCUGAGUGAAGAUUCCAUGGCCCAGCCCCACUGGAGGAGAUGAGGAAGGCUGCUGAGGAUCUGGAAAUUGCCCACUAGCACGGAAGAAAGCGCUGUGUUCUUCAGACUCCAGUAGGGAAGCUUUUUGUAUCAUCCUGGCGAGGCGGUCAUGCUGGCCUCCCUGCAGGGGAAGCCUCGGGCUUUGCCAGAAGAGUGUGUCUUUCCUUAGAGCCGGGCCCCAGGCAGGGCCUGAGCAAACCCUGCAGCAGCGUUAGAGACCGGCCCUGGCUCCGCGGCUGUGCGGCCCACCUGUGUGGAGGCUCCGUGGCCCGUAUGGAGGCGCCAGCCUGUGUGGAGGCUCCGUGGCCCGUAUGGAGGCGCCAGCCUGUGUGGAGGCUCCGUGGCCCGUAUGGAGGCGCCAGCCUGUGUGGAGGCGGGCACGCACGUGCCUGAGAUGGUUGGCAUGUUCCAGGCAGACAACCAUCUAAGUGCACACUACGCCUCUAGAAGCAGAGUCUCGUUCUGCCGGCUUCUUCCCCGGCCCCUCGUGUUUCCUUCAAGGCCUCUGCGCAGUGCCGUGCAUGGCGUGGCGCUAGCGAGGAGUCCUCGGUGACAUGGCGUGCGUCGGGAGCACCCCCCACCACCUUGUGCGCCCUGGAGCCUGGCCCGUGGGAGAAGGGGAUGCCAAAUGGGGGAAGUAGGAGGGGCUGGAGUCCAGCCCAUGAGCCAGGAGCUUGCGUUUGAUUAGAGGGCCAGGAUGGACGGGUCAAGGGAGAGAGAGAAGAAAGCCCAGAGGGAUGAGAAAGAGAUGCUGAAAACAAACCAGCCACAGACGUGGCCCUUCCAGGUCAACACGGCCCGUUGUGCACGUAGACUGAUCUCCACUCUGCCCAGAAGCCACCAGAAUGACAGGAGAGGGACAAAAACGACCUUCACUCCUCAGGAUGAGAAAAUGGAGAGGAGCCUGCCCUCUUGUCAGGAGGCUCCCCCUUCCCCGUGGUCUUUGCUGUAAUAAUAGAGCCUCACGUCUCAGCUGGGCACAGGCUGCCCCACAAACGGCCACGUUUCUCUACCUCCCUUGCAGCCAGACAUGGGUCUGUGGCUCUGUUCCGGCCGGCAGGAUGUGAGCAGAUGAGCGUGGACGUCCCGAGCUUUGUCCUCUCCCUUCCUGGCUGGAAUGCAAACAUCAUGGCCAGAGCAGGGGCAGCCAGCUCAGCCCUCAGGUGGAGGCCGUGGGCCAGGGCUGCAGAGCCAGUGUGCAGUAGUCUGUCUGUGGUGUGGGUGCUGUCCUCUCAGACACACUGCUCCACCUGGUCUCAGUUGCUGUCGUUGGGGGGCUGGCAGGUGAGCUCUGUCCUCACACACGGAGGCCCGGGCGAUUUUGCACGAAGGAAGCCCCCUAGUGGUGCAACGUGAAGGGCCUGCCGAACAAAAUGCCCGCAACGAUGCAAGGUGAUGCAGCCCCAGGCACAGGAAGACAAAACCAACCACAGAGGGAUUGGAAGCAGAGGCCAGGGCGUGGUGGCGCAGGCCUGCAAUCCCAGCACUUUAGCAGGCUGA